CUUAUCACCUUCCUCUUUCUUCUUUGUACUGUUACAGUACUCUUCUCUCCUCUGCUUCAAAUUUUGUCCGUUUCACUUUUUCUCUCUCUAAAUCUCCAUUUUCAUCUCUCUCUAAAUCUGAACCCCAUUUCCUCAAAAUUACACCCAUUUUGCCAUUUCAAUUUCAAGCCCUAGAAGAGCUAAAACAGUGGAGAAAUGGGUUGUGCUCAAUCAAGAAUAGAUAACGAAGAGUCAGUUUCAAGAUGCAAAGAUCGGAGAAACUUCAUGAAAGAAGCAGUUAACUAUAGAAACUUCUUUGCUGCUGCACAUUCAGCUUAUUCCAUUGCUUUGAAAAACACUGGUGCUGCUUUGAGUGAUUAUGCUCAAGGUGAAACCCCACCUGAGCUGCCGCCGCCGGCUGUUAGUGAGCCGCCGCCACCACCACCACCGCUGUCGAAUCUGGAAGCUAGCCCACUCCCACCACCCCCUCCUCCCCCACCAGCUUUCUCACCUAUAACCCCACUUCAACGCUCUUUUACUAUGCCUGAACUGUCGAAACCCAGAGGUAGGAAAAUGAAAGGCAUUGGUAUUGAUGAGCAUGAUGAGGAAAUUGAGGAGGAGGAGGAGGAGGAAGAGGAAGGUGAAGGUGAUGGUUUGAAACUGAGAGAAAAGCGAAAUGGACUGGGGUACGAGAGGCCUAUGAAGGAGCCAUUGCCACCCCGGCCGCCGGGUCCAGGGGAGUCGUGGGAUUAUUUCUUUGAGAAUGUGAACACGGGACAUUCAUUAGAAGGAGUGGAGGAAGAAGAAGAAGAGGAUGAGGAGGAGUUGAACGAAGAGAAUAUCGAAAUUCAAAACAAAAGAUUUGAUAAUGUGGGUAGAAAUGAGUAUAGAGAUGAUCAGUUCAAGACACCAGAGAAGAAGGGGAAAGUGGAGAGUGAGGUUGAAGAGACCCCAAUGGCGGAUGAACCAGAGAGAGUCUUUAAGCAUUCAAACACUGCGCCUUCUGAGGUGAGAGGUGGAGUAGUAGUGGGAGGUGGGAAUGUUGUGUAUGGUAACAAUGCUGAUUUCUUUAAAGUUUUAGGCGAGAUUGAUGAUCACUUCCUUAAAGCUUCCGAGAAUGCACAAGAGGUUUCGAAGAUGCUUGAGGCUACUCGAUUGCAUUACCACUCAAACUUCGCUGAUAAUCGAGGACAUAUUGACCAUGCAGCUAGGGUUAUGCGAGUCAUUACGUGGAACAAAUCAUUUAAGGGUGUACCGAAUGGUGAUGGUAGUAAGGAUGAUUAUGACAUCGACGAAUAUGAGACUCAUGCCACUGUUUUGGACAAAUUGUUGGCUUGGGAGAAGAAACUUUAUGAUGAAAUGAAGACUUCAGUUCCUGCAAACACUAAUAGUGGAUUAGCUGCAGCUAGGGUUCGAGACUUUGUUCAGAUGAAUCCACUUGAGUUUCUAGGGUCGCAAGUUGAUGAGGACCCACAUGACUUCAUUGAUGAGGCCAAGAAGAUUUUUAAGGUGAUGCAAGUGACUGGUAAUGAUAGGGUGGAGUUGGCAUCCUACCAGGUUAAGGAUGUGGCCCAUAUAUAG